AUGGCUUCAAAUCCUCGCACUGCCCUGAGAGCCCUCAGAAAUGUCAAGGCUACCAACUACCGCCCUGCUCAGCUCCAACAAGGCUUUGCAACAAGCGCGGAACCCACUCUCAAAGACACACUCGCAAAAGUCAUCCCUGCCAAACGCGAAUUGCUCAAGCAAGUCAAGAGCCAUGCAGCCAAGAACAUCGGCAGUGUCAAGGUCGAGAACACCCUUGGUGGUAUGAGCAGAGGUCUUACCGCCAUGAUUUGGGAAGGAUCAGUUCUCGACGCAAACGAGGGAAUCCGCUUCCACGGCCGCACCAUCAAAGACUGCCAGGAGCAGCUCCCCAAAGGCAAGACCGGAUCGGAAAUGUUGCCCGAGGCCAUGUUCUGGCUGCUACUCACAGGCGAGGUGCCAACCACCAGCCAGGUGCGCCAGUUCUCCCGUGAGCUGGCCGAGAAGGCCGCUCUGCCAGACUAUGUCGAGACCAUGCUAGACAACUUCCCUCCAGACAUGCAUCCCAUGACUCAAUUCGCAUGCGCAGUGUCCGCUCUCAACAAGACCAGUGUAUUUGCCAAGGCAUACGAGCAGGGGUUAAACAAGGCCGACUACUGGGAGCCGACGUUCGAGGACUCGAUAUCUCUGAUCGCCAAACUUCCUACCAUUGCAGCCAAGAUUUACCAGAACUCUUACCACGGAGGUGGUGCUCUGCCUGCGCAAGCAGAUCCUGAGCAAGAUUGGUGUUACAACUACGCUGCAAUGCUAGGCAAAGGUGGUAAGGAGAACGAGGGCUUCCAAGACCUGCUCAGACUCUACUGUGCAUUGCACGGCGACCACGAGGGUGGUAACGUCUCAGCCCACUCGACUCACCUGGUCGGCUCUGCUCUCUCAGAUGCCUUUUUGUCGUACUCGGCUGGCUUGCAAGGUCUGGCAGGCCCUCUUCACGGUCUCGCCGCGCAGGAGGUGCUCCGAUGGAUGUUGCAGAUGCGGGACCACAUUGGCGAGGACUUUACUGAGAAAGAUGUCAAGGAUUACCUGUGGACCACCCUGAACAGCGGCAGAGUGAUUCCUGGUUUCGGACACGCAGUUCUGCGCAAGCCGGAUCCCAGGUUUGAUGCACUGCUUGCAUUCGGUGAUGCACACGAAGACAUCAAGAACAACAGCUUGUUCCAACUUGUCAGGACGAAUUCGCAAAUCGCGCCCGGCGUCUUGACCGAACACGGAAAGACGAAGAACCCAUACCCCAACGUCGACUCUGGUUCAGGCGUACUCUUCCAUCAUUACGGAUUCCAAGAGACGUUGUACUACACAGCCAUUUUUGGCGUCAGCAGAGGUCUUGGACCACUCGCACAGCUUAUCUGGGACCGGGCGCUGGGUCUUCCAAUCGAGAGACCGAAGAGUAUCGAUCUCAAGGGCUUGCUGAAGGCAGCAGAGGCAUCGUAG